AUGUUAGCUGAGUUACUGGUCACUUUAUCAUUAUUAUUUUAUAGCGGAGACGCAGCCGAAUGUACCGAUGCCGAGUCCGCGAGGGCAGCUUUAGUUUGGGACAGAGCUGCUGCUUCAACGGCUUGCUCGCCGUACGUGAUACAGUAUGACCCCGUCUCUGUGAACGCACCAUGUACUGCUUCCGGUUGUGUUAGCAUUGUUGAAAUUGCAGCUCAAGAUCUUCCAAACUGCACUUUCAAUGGCUCUAACAAGAAAGUUGCGGUCUUAAAUGCUCUCAGAGCGUGCGACUAUAGCAAAUUGUUAAUUGCUGCCACGGAUUCAUCGCGACACCCCAAUUUGAGAUCUUCUAGUCUUGCAAAUGAAUCAACAACUUCAUCACUAACGGAAACGUCAGCAUUGACACUUCAGUCGAUGAGCUGUUCCACUUCAGAGAUCAAAAAUAUGUGGUAUAUGUACGUCACUACAGCUACAAGUGAAGAGUGUGCAGCAGAAUCUGAUAUCAACGGUGGCAAUAUCGAGAUCAUUGCGCAAUGCGAGUCUAGUUGCACAGAAACUAUUAGAAGUCUGGUAGACACGCUGCCAGAUUGUAAUUAUGAAUUUGAAGGCCUUAACAAGAAGCAAAAUGUGCUGGAGCAGCUCAACAACUGCAAAAAGAGUCCUGGUUCUAUCAGUAUUGCGUUGUUUUCUGAAAAUUUUGAUCAAAUUUCACGCUCAGGUGCCUUACAAGUGAGCGAAAAUACAUCGGAAUCGAGCGCCAGAAGUAGUUUGCCAGACAACUCGAUGGAGUCCUCGAAUAUCAAAAGCGGGUGUAGCUCUACCUUAUCGCACCAUGGAAAGGUCUUAACUUGGAUCUCACUCACAGUCGCAAUUAUUUUUACUGCCAAAGUAUAUUAUUAA